GCGGUGUGCACUGCAGUUACUGGCAAAGACGCGCGUGUGUGAUUCCCCGUUGUUUUCAGCUUUACCUUCUAAACGCUACGACGUGCUCGGGCGAAAAAUCGUGAACGUGACGCUUAUAUUCGAUUCUUGUUGUUCCCAUCUGAUUCCUCAACAACAUACGUGACGGUCUAAUACUGGUGGAUAUUUGUUAUUUUUUUUUCCUUUAUCAGUUUUUUGUUCUGUUGGCUUUUUUUUUUCGGGGGGUGGGGAAAAAGGGAAUUGAAAAAUCACAGUGAUAAGUUUGUGCAGAGGAUCUUGGAUAUAUCAAUCGUGGAACUCCAGUGGACCAGGACAAGCUGAUCGGUUUGGUGGAUGUUGAUAGUUUGAUCCUUUUGGAUUUCAGAGGAGACAGUUGACGUGUCGAUAGUGCCUGAACACUGGUGACGGAUUACUAGGAUUGAUGGUGAUAAUUGAGAGGGUCUUGGUGAUUCGGCGAAAGUGGAUUGUUGGUGAAAAUUGGACGAAUCAUUGAGUUGACGGGAAAAGUGAAUCGGUGAUUUGCACUGGGUGUUUGCCGACGGCAAUUAUCGUAAAUGGAUGGUACGUGAAUGGUAGUUAUAUACCAUCGUGGAUACCCCUUGAUGACCCUUCAAUCUUGCACUUGUGUUAAUCACCGUUGAUUAUUAUUUGAAUUUUAUUUCGUUGGAGAUCAGAAUUUGAAGGAGACUCGUGGCUCAACAAGUGAAUACUGUGAUUGAAAUAAUAAUUUUUUUUUUGUUUCAUCGGUCAAUUACAUUGUGAAUCGAGAACAUGUGGAGAUUAUCAGUUACCCGGCAAGAGCAAACUGACAUCCGGACGGUAAAAAGCUGACGCAGGGUGUUGGGACAAUUGUUCAUCGAAUUAGAUUGAAAAUCUGGUAACUAGGAUUAAUCGUGUGUGAAGGAGUGGACUUGAGACAUCCCGUCGGGUGUUGAUGUGUGUGACAAGUGUCCAGUGAUAUGACUUCCGAGUGGAGCCUCGAGGAAUAACUUGAUAAAUCAUAAUCAUAUCAGCGUCAAUCCGUGUGAGUGAAUUGAUCAUCUAGUGCCAGAUGCUGAGGAUUAUCAUUACGCCAGGUGGUGAUCAAUUGUAAUAAAUAAUCGUGUUAUUUUGAACUUUAAUUAAAAAAAAAGAAGGGCCGACGCGCAAGCUCGGCAGGCCCCAAGAUUCGGGCUCCGUGCGGCUUCAGGGUCGCGGCGACGUCGGCAAGUGCCGUGUACGGCGUCGACGUCGCUACUAAGGUGGAACGUCCGGGCAGCACGACGACGCUCAAUUUUACGGAUCUGGGGAGCCCAUUCGGGGCGGGCGACCCCUGUCCGUCGAGUACCCCGACCCCGAAUAGCAUGUCCGGGGGUGGUGGACCAACAUCUGGUGGCGGUGGUACAACCACUGGUGGUGGUGCUAAUUCCGACAUGGAGCAACACCUGCAUCAUGGAAUUGGCUCAGUAACACCAGGACCACCUGGCAAUGGGGGUGACAGUGCAUCUAGUACACCGGUAUCACAAUCUGGCAAAAGUGCAUUCAUCGAAUUACAGCACAAUAAUCUUUAUAAUCCAGCUAGUUUGAGGGGUGGUUAUCCGGGUGGACACAAUGUGCCGGGUGGACAUCAGUUUUCUCAUCAAGUUGGCUCACUCAGUCAUCAGGGUAGUGGGCCUGGUAGUGGUAAUCAGCAGCAUGCCGAUGCUGGAUUUCCAAGCCCAAGAUCAGCCCUUGCUGGGUAUCCCUUUGCACCAAUGCACCAGCACAAUUAUGGAUAUCAUCUUGGAUCAUAUGCACCGCAGUGUCCCUCACCGCCCAAGGACGGUGAGUACCCCAACUGGUGGUGUAUGUUUACAGACCUCUCACCACUUGGCGACAAAGGCGGUAGUCUUGUCGAUGAGCUAGGCGGCGGUGGCGGUGGAUCACUGAGAAAUGGCAAAGGAAAGAAAAUGAGAAAACCCCGGACUAUCUACAGUAGUCUUCAACUUCAACAACUCAACAGGCGGUUCCAGAGGACACAGUACCUAGCGUUACCUGAGAGAGCUGAAUUGGCAGCGAGUCUAGGGCUGACGCAGACACAGGUGAAGAUCUGGUUUCAAAACAGAAGGAGUAAGUACAAGAAGAUGAUGAAAGCAGCACAGCAGGGUGGAGGUGGUGGUGGACAACACGGGAGUCUUUUGGCCGGUGGCCCAUCGCCUCAGCCUGGACAACCCGGGGGUCUUAUGCAGGGCGGCGGUGGUAGUUCGGUAUCGGGCAGCCCGACGACGGGUUACCUGGGUGGAAUAGGGGGUGGCGGGGGUGAAAAUACACCAGGGAGCUCGACCCCUGGCAGUGAUAUGUCACCCCAGCACAACGAGAGCCCACCAGCGCCAUCAUGGACCGGUGAAAUGAAACACCAUCCCCAUGCACACGCACCCCCACACACCCACCAUCAUCCCCAUACGCCUGGACAUCAUCCGCCUCCGCCACCCCCGCCACCCCAUCACGCCGGAUACAUGCCCCAGUACUCGUGGUAUCAAGCCGAUCCCAAUCCUGGAUUACUCACGGUGUGGCCAGCGGUCUAACAUACCCAGAGUUUCCCCUAGGCUCCCUCACCGGGAUUGAACAUAACCCCGAAAUCGGCAGUCUCACGAAGGAGGUACCACAGCGCCGGUUCCAUCAUCUGCGGAGAACAAGAUGUGAGCGCCCCUCCAAAAAAAUAGCAAAAUGGUAAUAAAAAAAAAAUGGUCGAUGAUUCCGCAACGAGUAAAAAUUCCGGAAUUCAGUCGCGUUUAUUGGGUUGGCCAACCUGACCCAGUUGGGGUUUUUUGAACUCACGGGUCACCCACCGGGACAAACCGAAAUAAAAAUCCUGAAAUUACACACAGAAGCAACUCGUUGCACAAGCGUAUCUCGGAGGAAAAGAGUAUGGUCUUGGGGUUUGCUUGCGGCGGUUUUGAAUUAAUGAAAUCCUAAUGACAUUUUCGUGAGCGAAACGAGGCAAUCGCUGUGGCGCGAGAUGUAAUCAGUGUCUGUAGUUCCCCGUUCUUCCUCCACUCCUCCCUCUGUCUUUUCUGUCUGUUCUCCCGGAUGAGGCAACCUCUGGAUGGAAUUGACCGAAAAAAAGGUACAUCAGGUUGGAUGAGGGAAAAAAUUGACUUCACGGCGCCGGGACCUGUCUCCCUAGCUUCAUUAGCGUCGUAAGGGAACAAAAAAUAGAAAAAAAAAUAUAGGAACACACCUCCUUUAAUGCUUCCGGUCGAUUAACAUUUUUUUCAAUUUUUUGAUUUCAAUGGAGUGACUGGAGACCCGGAGUUAAGUGAUCCUUACGUCUAAAUUUUUAUCUGACGCCAGGAGAAAAAUCCAUUUGAUAUUGAAUUCAUUCUCGAGGGGUAAAAUAUAU